UCUCUCUCUCCUCUUAUUUUCUUUUCCCCUUCCCCUUUAUUUGUUUAUUUUAUUAUAAUCACCACCCGCACACACCACACACUCCGGCCGGUCACCACAGGCGACGCCCACACUAGCCAGAGACCGCCACCACCAGAACUCGCCGACAGCAGCAGCCAUCAGGCAGCGGCGGCAGCCAGCCUUGGUGGUUAUGCCCAGUGAUUUGGUUUUGAAUUAAAAAGCCCAAAAUUGAAAACCCUAGGUUUCUAAAUUAAUAUUUAUUGAUGGGAUUUGAUGGUGGGUGAUUUAAAUUAUUGUAAUAGGUGUUUUAAAACAUAAUUACAGAAAUUUAAGAUGUUUUAAUAAUGCUGGAAUUUUUAUAUAUAAGCUAUAAUUAAGUUUCUUAAAAGGAUUUUUCAUACCCAUUAAUUGGAAAUAAAAGUAAGGGUUUUUUAAAUUAAAUUUCAAAUUAUUUUAGAGGGUUUAUGAGUGAUUUAAAGAGAGUAUAUAUUGCUGGAAAUUUUUGUGAAAGAGGUAUUAAUACUUUUUUGUAAUUGUAGUUUGUAGGAGACUUCCAACUUCCAAGUGAGUGAUUUUAUUUAGUUCGUGGCGAUUUUAAGAUUAUAUUCAAGGAAUCCAAGGCGUCCAAAGCACUGAACUGCUCUAUUAAAGCGCAUUCAACGUUCUCCAUUGAAGCGCAGUUGCCGUUCUCUGUCGAAUCUAGUUCUUGUAUCCCCCAUUACAGCGGCUUCUGAGUUAUAUUCAUUCCUUGAUAUGGAUUUGGAUCUCAAGUAGCAUGCUGAAGAGUAUUACAAUGUUUCGAUAGAGGAGAUUUAGAAAAUUAGAGCUAAGAAUCAUAGUAAUUUGUGGUUUGAUGCAACAAUCAGAUCUCUUCAUAAGAGGAGGGAGUAGGAAAUUUCUUUUGGCAGACGUGCUCUCCGCACAAAGCCCCUUGCUCGUGUAUUGUCGGUAGCUUUCAAACCAAAAGAUGGAAGUAGGGAUAAGCCGCAUGCUAUGUAUGGUUACAUCUAUAUUGAGUAUUUUCGUUCGAAAACUAAUGUGGUGUCUGAGUUGUAUAAAAGAGAGAGGGGUGAAGCUGAGAUCUUAGGAAGCGACGGGUUGUUGACAUUAAAUGGUCCUGAUUACUCAUUUUGGCCAUAUUAUGCAUGUAUGACAUUGAUCAAAAAUAAAAUAACUCUGAACUUAAUUAAUGAUACUGGCAACAUUAUUGCAAGAUUGUUCUUUUUGGAAGAAACAAAUAUUGGAGCUGAUUAUGAACAAGUCAAGUCUAUGUCCAUUGAUUGCGAGCAAGGUUCUAUCAUUGUUAAGUACAUUUGGGGUUCAUUGCCGAAUAGAGAUCAAGGUGUGUAGCAGACAAGGUAAACAACAUGAUGGUUUGAAUGUGAAUGGAAAGAUUGUUGCUCGUUAUGCCAACACAUAUGGGAAUUAUUCUUCAGAAGAUUGUGUUCUGUUUGAGAAGCAAGAUAGUGACCUCCCUGUUGAGAUCAAUCCUGCAAAACGGUUUCCACUUUCAAGAUGUUGGGUGUCAUUACCUGCUUAUUCUUCUCUUAUUGUGGACCUUAAUUUGUAUGAAUUUAAAACAAUGCGUAAAAUUGUUGAUCAAUCAGUGGAGUCGUCGGUUGAAGAUGGGAGAAUAACAUCAAAUUCAAUCUUGCUGGAUGAUUUAGCUAUUCAUGUUCAUGCCGCAUGGUUCUCGCCUGAUGUGGUUGGACAGCGGAUUGAUUCGAAGAUUGGAUUCCCAUCUAGCUUACUCUCGUGGAAUCAUCAGAGUAAGCCAUGGGCAUCUCCUGUCUUGGAGAUUUUCUCUGUCUUUUUUGGUCGAGGUAGGCAAAAGACAAUGCAAAUUUAUGGAUCAAUUGAGGUUUUAUCGGAUGAUGAUGACAGGAUUUCUUAUAUCUUUAACAGAGAUGAAAAAGAAGCAUUAGUAUUAUCUGAAAAUGAGAAAUCAUUACCUGUAUCAGAUGGUUUUAGAGUUUUUGAUGAUUGUAGUUCAUUUCAAAUGAAGUUUAGCAUAAAGGAUACUGAAGAGCGUUCAGCUAUUCGAGGCUUAGUGGAUUGGGUAGCUUCUGUCCUUGGCACUUCUUUGUGGUAUGAAAAGCAAUUGUGUUCUCUUAUUCCGGGUCAACAUGGAGGAUUUGCAGUAAUACACUAUUUAAUCUUCUCAGAAGCUGUUAGUGCAAACAUUAUAGUGUUUCUAAAUCCUAAAACAGGAUGCGGUGAUGUUUGUCCUAAGAUUUGGGGCAGCCUUAUUGCUCAAUAUAGUUGCUAUUACUAUACAUCGCGCUUUAACAAAGACUACUACCGGAUUGUAUUAUUUGAGAAGAUUAAGGAUGAUCUAAUUCAAGUGAGUGAUGAUUCGAGAAUACCACUAUCAAGAUCUAUGAUUGUUGUUCCAUCAUAUACCUCUCUUAUUGUCAACGUAGAUAUACUAUGUGGCAAAUCUGAUGAAAACUUUUCAUGUGCUACGAAAAUUGAAAUUAGUGAAGGUUUCAAGAUUGUAGAUAUAUAAUAAAUUGAUAUAUUAUAUGCCUCUCUACGAUCUUGAAAACUUCACCAAUUUUAAUUUUUAUAUCACAUGAAAAGUUUUCAUCAGAUUUGCCACAUAUAAUAUAUCUACGUUGACAAUAAGAGAGGCAUAUGAUGAAACAACAAUUAUAGGUCUUGAAAGUGGUAUUCUCGAAUCAUCACUCACUUGAAGUAGAUCAUUUUUAAUCUUCUCAAAUAACACAAUCCGGUAGUAGUCUUUAUUAAAGCGCGAUGUAUAGUCAUAGCAACUAUAUUGAGCAAUAAGACUGCCCCAAAUCUUAGAACAAACAUCACCGCAUUCUGUUUUAGGAUUUAAAAACACCAUAAUGUUUGCACCAACAGCUUCUCAGAAGAUUGAAUAGUGUAUUGCUGCAAAUCCUUCAUGUUGACCCGGAAUAAUAGAACACAAUUGCUUUUCAUACCACAAAGAAGUGCCAAGGACAGAAGCUACCCAAUCCACUAAGCCUCGAAUAGCUGAACGGUCUUCAGUAUCCUUUAUGCUAAACUUCAUUUGUAAUGAACUACAAUCAUCAAAAACUCCGGAACCAUCUGAUACAGGUAAUGAUUUCUCAUUUUCAGAUAAUACCAAUGCUUCUUUUUCAUCUCUGUUAAAGAUAUAACAAAUCCUGUCAUCAUCAUCCGAUAAAACCUCAAUUGAGCCAUAAAUUUGCACUGUCUUUUGCUUACCUCGACCAAAAAAGACAGAGAAUAUCUCCAAGGCAGGAGAUGCCCAUGGCUUACUCUGAUGAUUCCUGACCAAAAUUUCAAGGAAAAAAAUUCAUUCCGUAUUCAAAUAAUAUAUACAUUCACAUAAUAUUUACAUCCAAAUGGCUCGAAGUUCUUAACUUACUCAAUAAUCACAAUCAAAUAGUCCAAUAUUUUGGCAUUUAAGCAUAAUCAUAAGACCCAUUUGAUACUUCACUAGUUCAUGAACAAGACAAGCUCGUCCAAUAUCAAUUAACAGUCAAAAACCAUGUAUAAUAGUCCAUGGAUAUUUAUUAUAACUAGAGUACCUCACAAAUAAAUCUAACCUCAGAAUCUUUUUUUAUAUUUGAUAUAAAGCCAGAAAAUCUAACCUACACCGAUAAAUUUUAGGCAAAACAGAGGCCCAAAAACAAAGUCACAACUACAAGUAGGCAUUUAUUGGGUAAAAUUGUUGCACCAUUUGACAAUUGAAAACAUAGGAACAUACACUAAGGAUUUCAUUAGAUGAUACCCAAAAAAACAAAAACAGACAUUUGCCAAGCAAAUAAGACAUUAUUGACUUACAAGCAAGAUAGAUCAUAUAAGAAUUUUUAAGCAUAGAUAAACAGGCAACAUACCACGAGAGUAAGCUAGAUGGGAAUCCAAUCUUCGAAUCAAUCCGCUGUCCAACCACAUCAGGCGAGAACCAUGCGGCAUGAACAUGAAUAGCUAAAUCCGCUGUCCAAUCGAGAGUAAGCGGAUUGUUGCACCAUUUGACAAUUGAAAACAUAGGAACAUACACUAAGGAUUUCAUUAGAUGAUACCCAAAAAAACAAAAACAGACAUUUGCCAAGCAAAUAAGACAUUAUUGACUUACAAGCAAGAUAGAUCAUAUAAGAAUUUUUAAGCAUAGAUAAACAGGCAACAUACCACGAGAGUAAGCUAGAUGGGAAUCCAAUCUUCGAAUCAAUCCGCUGUCCAACCACAUCAGGCGAGAACCAUGCGGCAUGAACAUGAAUAGCUAAAUCAUCCAGCAAGAUUGAAUUUGAUGUUAUUCUCCCAUCUUCAACCGACGACUCCACUGAUUGAUCAAUAAUUUUAUGCAUUGUUUUAAAUUCAUACAAAUUAAAGUCCACAAUAAGAGAAGAAUAAGUAGGUAAUGACACCCAACAUCUUGAAAGUGGAAACCGUUUUGCAGGAUUGAUCUCAACAGGGAGGUCACUAUCUUGCUUCUCAAACAGAACACAAUCUUCUGAAGAAUAAUUCCCAUAUGUGUUGGCAUAACGAGCAACAAUCUUUCCAUUCACAUUCAAACCAUCAUGUUGUUUACCUUGUCUGCUACACACCUUGAUCUCUAUUCGACAAUGAACGCCAAAUGUACUUAAUAAUGAUAGAACCUUGCUCGCAAUCAAUGGACAUAGACUUGACUUGUUCAUAAUCAGCUCCAAUAUUUGUUUCAUCCAAAAAGAACGAUCUUGCAAUAAUGUUGCCAGUAUCAUUAAUUAAGUUCAGAAUUAUUUUAUUUUUGAUCAAUGUCAUACAUGCAUAAUAUGGCCAAAAUGAGUAAUCAGGACCAUUUAAUGUCAACAACCCGUCGCUUCCUAAGAUCUCAGCUUCACCCCUCUCUCUUUUAUACAACUCAGACACCACAUUAGUUUUCGAACGAAAAUACUCAACAUAGAUGUAACCAUACAUAGCAUGCGGCUUAUCCCUACUUCCAUCUUUUGGUUUGAAAGCUACCGACAAUACAUGAGCAAGGGGCUUUGUGCGGAGACCAUGUCUGCCAAAAGAAAUUUCCCACUCCCUCCUCUUAUGAAGAGAUCUGAUUGUUGCAUCAAACCACAAAUUACUAUGAUUUUUAGCUCUAAUUUUCUGAAUCUCCUCUAUCGAAACAUUGUAAUACUCUUCAGCAUACUACUUGAGAUCCAAAUCCAUAUCAAGGAAUGAAUAUAACUGCAUAAUCAUCAAUACGUUGGGGCCAAAAGAAUACAAGAAAGUGAACAAAAAUUUUCAACUGGAUUAAGUAUUUGAAUUCAUCAAUAACUAUAUAGUCAUGCUCCCACCAAGCCCGUCCCUGAGGAAGGGCAGGAAGGGCGGCAGCCCUAGGCCCAGAGAUAAGAGCUCUAAUUUCAUAAUUGAAUCCAAACAUUAAAGUGUUGUGCAAUACAUUAGCAACCAAAUUUGACUCAAUUAUCUCAUUAUCUUAGGGAUAUUUGAUUCAAUUAUCUCACAAUUUUAGGGAUAUUUGAUUCAAUUAUCUCACAAUUUUAGCGAUAUUUGAUACAAUUAUUUCAUAAUUUUAGGGAUAUUUAAUUUAAUUAUCUACAAUUUUAAGGAUAUUUGAUUCAAUUAUCUCACAAUUUUAGGGAUAUUUGAUUCAACUAUCUCAUAAUUUUAGUGAUAUUUGAUAUGAUGAUAACAAAUACAAACAACUUACCUCAGAAGCUGCUGUAAUGGGGGAUACAAGAACUAGAUUCGACAGAGAACGGCAACUGCGCUUCAAUGGAGAACGUUGAAUGCGCUUUAAUAGAGCAGUUCAGUGCUUUGGACGCCUUGGAUUCCUAUUAAAAGCCAUGACCCGCCACAGUUAUUAAUGGGUUAGAUCCGUCUAAUAAAUAAAUAGGCUGAUUGUCUAAUUAUUAAAACAGUUUUAAAAAGUAUGGAUUAUUAGUUUAUCUAUACACUUUCAUUUCUUAAAUACUAUCUUCACACACCAAAGCUUGUAUAAUUUGUUUGUAAAAGAAAAAAUUAUUUUGAAAACGACUGAAAUUACAUUAAUUAAACUGAGUUUACAACAAACGAAAGGAAAGUAUGGUAACAUAUGUCAAUUACAUGUUAUCAUGUCUUAAAUGUGGUUAGGAUGAGUUUUCCUCAAAAAAAUGGUUUGGAAGAGUUUUCCUUAAAAAAAGUGUUUAGGAUGAUUAAGCAUGUAAAUAUAAAUAAAUAAUAUUUUAAGCAAAUAAAACACAUCACAUUCCUAUGAGAACUAAGCAUGAUUCGCUCUUCACUCAUGCCCUUUAUGAUUAUGCUUCAUCACCCAAAAAGCUUCUUUUUACUUGCCCUCACUACUCGCCAUUAAAAAUGGGUCGUCGUAGGGACAAGGUAAAGACAAGGCCAAACAAACAUGCAACAUAUAAUCAGCAAAGUUGAGUACAUAAGCGUAAUAAAAACGCACUAACAUGCUUUCAUCCUAUCAUCACACAACUUACUGUGUUGUACCUGUUUACAAGCAUACAGGAAACUUAACACCUAACUAGACAAAUAUCAAUGUUCAUUUAAUUUGAUUACGCAUUGAAUGGGUUUACCCCCUAACCUGCCCCAAUAAAGGGGUAAUAACACGGGAACACGGGAGCUUAAAUUGUGCCAGUAUAAAAGAACCACACGGGAGUGAAAUAGGAACAAUAAGAUUAAAAACUAUUGUUUCUACUGAUUUUUCCCUAGAAAUAGGAACAAUAAGAUUAAGUAAUAAUUCCCAAAAUUUUUUCCGAAAUAAAGAUAAUGAUGUAUUUUUUAAUCUUGGGAAAAUAUGCCAUGGAAGAAAGGAAAGUCAACAAUCUAAAGCUAGAUCAAAGUCGAAUCUGGUUAAUUACCAAAAAAAAGCAACCCCUAAGUGCACUUUUGCAACCAAGUAAUGUGAAAAAUACUACGGAAAUUGCCGAGGUUAGAACUGGCAGCCUCAAUGCUUAGGAAAAGAUAUAUUAAAGGUUGUUACAAAGGAAGCAUCUACGGAAGAAACUAAGGAAGCCAGUGAGAGACAAAACCAUUAGCAAAAAUUUAGAAGCACAAAACAAUGUUAUAAGAAUCGAGACCAGUGGUACUCAAAAUUCCCCCGGAGAAGACUCUUUGCGUGGGUCAGGUGAUGGACAUGCCAUACUUGGGCAUAGCAAACCCCCUGACUCAUAUUCUAAAGGCGAGAAUGGAGACAUGGAUAGAACCAAUGUCGGAACCCCCGGAAUUGAUAGUCACACAAUUGAUUCCAAUUGUGGUUAUAAGAUUGAUGCGUCUUAUUUCGGAUGCAUAUGUAAGUUCCUUAAAAACUAUUUUUGUUUUAAUGGAGGACACAAUCCCAAAUUUAAAUCACAAUUCCCUACCAAUUUCUUGUAAACCUAAUGUGUUAGCUCUAGUCGAAACACAUAUAGGAGGGCAACAAGCUCAAAAUAUUCCAACAAUUCUUAAUUAUGGUGGUCAUACUAAAGUAGACGCCCAAGGCUUUAGUGGUGGUAUAUGAAUUUAUUGGCACCCAGAAUUAGUCACUGUAGAACCAAUCAUUAAAAAUGGUUAAUACAUCACUAUGGAUAUUAAAAAAGUAGGAUGUGAACCAUGGUAUUUAACGGCGGUUUAUGCUAGCUCCGACCCAACUAAGAGAAAUGAUUUAUGGAAAGAAUUAAGAGAAUUGCGGCAACUCAAAAUAAACCUUGGAUGCUUGCCGGAGACUUUAAUGGCACUAGAAAGACAAGCUGUGCCGAUACCUCAAGAAGAUAUGCUAGAUUAAAUGAGUGGGUUGAGGAUAUGGGUCUGUUGGAAGUUGAAUUUUCGGGUGCGGUUGCUUUUCAUACGUGGGCAAGGGGUAAUUCGGUUGAUACUUGGAAAAGUGCUCGUUUAGAUAGAGCAUUAUGUAACGGAGAAUGGAGUCUCAGGUUCGCAAAUGCAGCCAUGAAGCACUUACCGGCAACACAAUCAGAUCACUGCCCUUUGUUGAUUCAUUAUGUGGAGAAAUAUUUUUCCUCCAAAUGAGAGAUCAUUCUUUUUUUAUUCAUCUUUUCUAAUUUAUUUUCAUUUUACAAUUUUUUCAAUUACUUUCUAUGCAUCUCUAUAUACCUUUUUCAAUUGUUUGACUUUUUUUUAUCUCCUAAAUAUUUACAUUCAAUACAAGCGGGCCCUAAGAGAAAAUACUAUUGAUUUUGGGUCAUAUUUAUAUGUAAAUACCUUGUGAAUCUGGUUUGACUUUUAAAUGUCAUAUUAUUCAAUUGGGACGAGUCUUUUAAUCAAUUUCGAUUAAUCUAAGUCAAAUUUUAAUAACCCUACUUAAUCCAACGCAAAAGAUUUCGUAUCAAUAAGAAGAUGACCAAGUCUAAAGCCAAUUUGUAUAAGUAGUUGAAGUGAUUCAACAAUGAAUAGUGAAUAUAGAAGUACUACCGGUUCAAUAAUUUGAAAAUAACAUGACACCCACCUAGACCCGGCCCACACCACACAUGAUGUACACUGAGCACACACAGUUAAGUCACUGAACUUCUUGGAACGAACCCACACGCCCAUAAAACAAAAAUUUAGCGGAUCCUCAAAACACAAUAAAAUGUAGCUUUUUGAGAUCACUGAUAACACGGUUGAGAAAAUACUUCUAAAUUCUAAUACUCUCUGUUCACGACUUUAUUUGUAUUAUUUCUAUUUUGGUCUUACUUUCUAAGUCUUAGUAUGUACAUAUUUUUAUUUUAUUAUAUUUAAUAAUAUAUAAUUUUGUUGAAGUGAUUUAUAUUUUUAUAAAGGUAAAAGGAAGGAUUAAUUUAAAGAAACUUAGAAAAAAUAUUGUGAAACGGAUAAAAAAUUAUUACAACUAUUAUAGAACGGAAGAAGUAUUUAUAAAGAUAACUUUAAGAAAAGUUUAAAAAUUACGCAUUCUAUGCAUUUAGAGAGAAAAUUUAAAAACGUGUAUAUAGGGUUGAUGAGAUAAAAAAAAUAAGGGUUGAUGGUUUAAUAGUUGUAUGAGGUUGAUGAAAAAGAAAAUUAUUCUCCUCUAUCCCCUAAAAGAUUGUUGCAUUCGAUCGCUUUGUAACAUUCUUUUGUAAGUGGAGGAAGUAGUAUUAGUUUGGGGCUUUGGGCUUUACCUUUAACGAUAAGAGAUAUCGGAUUUUUUUGCUUAUAUCUUUGCUAGCUGGAUUUUGAUGGGACAAUGAUAAGUUCGAGCUUGGUUCUCCUCUAUCCCCUAAAAGUAAAUUAGGUUUGAGCUUGUCUAGAUUAUGACCAAGUUUGAUCUAAAACACUGUCAAUAUUGUAUUGUUUUAACAUACACUACAAAUAACUAUUGAAAUAGCGAUGGAAAAAAGCGAGGAAAAGUGUUGUUGGUCGCCAGUGGUAAAUGAGGGCGACGGUAAGGCGAGGAACACAAUUGGUCGCCAGGUGGAAAAAGUUAUUAGCGACGGGCAAACUGGUCGCCAGUUAGUCGCCAGCGGUAGUAUGUUUUUUUGUUUUUAUUUUAAUCUUUUGCGAAUACAGGGCGACGGGCAUGGAGGUCGCCAUUUCGUCGCCAGAUGUAAGUGGGCGACGGCUAGAUUAGUAGCCCUUUGGUCGCCAUUGUUCGUUUGUAUUUUUGGAAUUUGAAUUUGAAAAAUGGCGAUGGGUUUGUAAUCGUUGUGUUGUCGUCAUAUUUUGUAUAAAUAAGACGCAUAAUUGUUAUGAAGUGUAUAUUUCGGAAACCAAAGAAUUAAGAGAGGUUAGUGAUUUACUUAU